ACGCCAAACUGCAAACUGAGAAAGCAUGCCGAGUCGGGCGGUGCUGGUCGUCGUCGUCGCGUGCCUCGGCAGCAGUGCUACUGCUACGCCCUGCAACCUCACAACACUCAGCGCGGCCUUUGAUAUCAUGACGGCGUCGCAGUGUCAAUACGCAACAAACUAUACGUUUUUGCCACCGAGUGCGGAACCGACGUCCGCCGACGUCGACGCGAUCUGCGCCGCGCCGGCGUGCCAAGGGCUCAUUCCGCUCCUCACGACCUACGUUCCGUCGUGCGUCUUUGGGUCCGUCGAUUUCGGUGCGUUCGCCGCCUCCGUGAAAGCUCGCUGCGGCAAUGGCAGCACCGAAGUCUCUCACUUGACGACGACGCCGCCGACGGCCAAGCUCGGGUCGGCGUCGAGCCUCCCGGCUCUUAGCGCGCUCACUCUCCUCGUCGCCACCGCUGCACUGUCCUAGUUAAAACGACUCGAAGUAUGGUACCUCGAACAUGCACAGCAAGAAAUAUAUAUCUUUGACUGACGCCA